AUGGAUCCUUUCAUCCUGGGAGAAUGUCAAAAACGACUUCUUAAGAGUUUCUUGUCGUUGGUGGCGCGCUGCAUAAUAGUAGCCAGCUUCGUGGCGGAUGGAGUAAGAUGCAUCCAAAAUUGUCACUUUAAGAGCAUCCAGCUGAAUUUAACAUGGAACUGUGGACUUUAUCUCGCCGAACUCUACCUACUCUUACUCGGAAUUGUUCAGAUACUGGCCUCCAUUUUGGUGGUGGUACAAAAAGAGAAAUUUUUGGCCACCGGAAUGCUUUGGUUGGCGGCCCAUAUUCGCCUCGUUACCAAUCCGCUACUGUGGAGCAUUUCGAUGUACCGUGAAGUAUUGGGCGCAACCAGUGCUCUAUUAUUAACCAUGCUGAAGCCUCGCCAUCAGGUAGUGAUCUCAUUUUUGCUGGCCACCUUCUUAAAUUGGUAUGAAUUGAAGGAUCUCUUGUGGGAGGAUCUCUUAUGGUAUUUCCUUGGCAAGAGCACAAUGAAACCCCUGCUUGUAUACAUGAUGAUUGGACUUAAGACGAAGGUAUCCGCCUUUGUGGUAAUCCUGCUCAUGACUGCUCACUGCUUUCAUGUCCACGCCUUUUGGCAGGUGCCUAUAGCCCAUGAAUUCAUGGAUAUUCGCGAACUUAUGGUUUUUCAGUUUUGGAACGAGGUCACAGUCAUAGGAGGCCUAUUUUUCUCCGCCAUACAUAGCAAACACCGUUUUGAAAAUAUUUUCUAA